AUUUGAUUUCAAAUAAUACUUCAAGGUAGAACUCACCAAUGGAUUAUGAUAUUGUUUCACAAAUAUCAACAAGCAAAAAAAAUUGCAGAAUCAAAGUAAGAGUUGUGAGAACUUGGGAUUCAAUCAUUCCUCCAUUUCAGAAUCUAAUCAGUACUGACUUCCUUUUGCUGGAUGAGCAAGAAAAUUCUAUUCAAGCAUUCGCUCGAAAGCAAGAAGCAAGUGAUUUUAAAGAUUUGCUUACAGAGGGCAAUGUCUAUUAUCUUGCAAACUUUAAUAUCCUUCCAAACAAAAAAAGUUAUAGAGCUGCGAAUGGAAAAUAUAUUAUUCAACUAACGAGGUCAACAACUGUUAAUGAAACAAAGGAUCAUGUAGAUGCCAUCCCUUUGCAUAAAUUUACUUUCACUGAUUUUCUCGAUAUUUCAGAUGAUAAUGAAAACAAUGUUAAUCUUCUAGAAGUCAUUGGUCAAAUUAUAUCUGUUGGUUCUCUUACACAUCUCUAUGCUGGACCGAAGUUAACUCCAAAAAGAAUUGUAGAAAUACAGAAUUUGAGGAAGGACAAAUUAUCUGUUACAUUAUGGGACAAGUUUGCAACGGACUUUGAUGAAGAUGCAAUCAUGAAUAAAGAAAAAGAUAUUCCUGUUAUUAUCAUAUUUGUAGGAAUGACAAUUAAAACUUUCAAAGAAAUAGCUACAAAUACAAAGUCACUUGCAGAACUGCUGAAACUUGAUUGGCAACACUUUCAAGGUACAAAAUUUAUCUGUAAAGCUCAACUAAAAUCCAUUGACACAACAUAUGGAUGGUGGUAUCGAGCUUGCUAUCGAUGUAAAUGUGCAGUCAGAAAUUAUGGAGAAACUUUUUGCUGCAGCAAAUGCGGUCGAAAUGAUAAACCACCCAUUCCAUGGUAUAAGUUGAACACAAUUGUAGAAGAUGAAACAGCGACAGCAAAUUUCACUAUAUUUGGAAAAUUAGCGCAAGAUUUGAUACAAAUACCAGCAUCCCAACUUGCCACAGCUACAAAUGCUGACAGAUACACACUCCCACCUAUAAUUAGUACUAUUCUUGGAAGUACGCAUAUCUUUCAAAUUAUUCUGAGCACACGAACCUUCAAUACAGAAAGUAUGAGUUUCAAAGUAGUUAGAAUUUUAUCUCCUGAAAGAGAAACGGCAACAACAUCUGAACAGUUUGCUUCUUCAUCCUCUUAUACAAUUUCUUCACAUAAUCAUACUCAACAAGCAAAAAGAAACAGAGAAGAUCAACUAGAGUUAUAUUUAGAACAUACACCAUCAAAGCAAGAAAUGAGCAUCCCGGAUGUGACCUCUCCUUAUGCAAAUUCUCCUAAAUCUCCAGAAGAUACAGUCUCAACACCACCUGCCAAAAAAAUCUUCAACAAUCCCACAAGGACAAAUUAGCAAUCUGUACAUAGAUACAGUUCUAAACUGAAGCUAUACAUAACUAACUAUGCUUUUUGUAUCAAUGUAGAAUUUUAUGUAUGUAUAAGGAAAUGAAUCUGCACAACUACAAACUAUCUUUUUGAGGUGUUUUUUGUUACUGGCACAUUUGUAUAUGUCAAUCGCAAGCUAUGCUUUUCAGCUACUUUUUACAAA